AUGAUCAAGUCACACAGCCAACACCGAUCAUUACCACAACAAUCACGCUGGUUCCAAAUACUGCUGGUGUCCCUAAUUUGCCUUUCCACCAACAAUGGAGUCCUCUCCUUUUCCGCACCCAAUCGUGGUGGGACCAUGAACAUGAAAAUGGUGGAAACCAGCAGCAGCAGUUCUUCAUUAAAAACAAAAGGCCCAACCACUCCCAGCAGCAGUGGUAGCAAUAUUCCUCCUGGAUCACCACUGGCCAUGCUUUGUUUGGAUCAGCAAGAGUUUGAACUGGAAGUUGGACACGCCAUGGAUGUCUUGCGAAAGGAUUACCCACUGCUGUUACACACCAAGCCAGACUUUUCCAUUUACGACCAGGAUUUGGAACUCAUUGAUCCUUCGGGAGUGAAAUUGCACGGAGUCAAAAAUUACAAGGCUGCCUUUCGAUUGCUUCAUGCGGUGGUGGGCAUCUUUUACAGUCCCGAUCAAUCCAUACUGAAGAAUCGCAUGUGCUUUGAUAAGGCUCGGCAAAACAUUCGAAUCCAUUGGAACGCGGAAGUCAUCCCCAAGGCCAUUUUCGGAGGUCACAAGAGCACGCUUCAUGUGGACGGAAUUUCGGUGUACGAAAUUUCUCGAGUAUCCGGAAACAUUACUCAACAUCGCAUCGAGCGAUUGAUCAUUAACGAUACUCCCAUAGUUCCCGAACAGGGUGUGUUUGCAGCUCUUCGAGGAUAUUACAACAAAAAGUCGGACACGGAAGGAAUCCCCGUCUGGAACAGUGAAUCAUCAUCAUUAUCAACCUCAUCUUUGGAAGUUGUCAAUUAUGGCAAGGAAGCAAUGGUCCCCUUUCGAACCUUUGCUCCUGAGUCUACCUCGGUUCUCUUUCAUCGGUCCGAAGAUGUCUUGGCACCACCACCACCACCACCCUCCCAUAUGGAGGCUGCCUCUCCGGAUUCAAUAGCAUCCGAUAGUAGUACCACUACUACUAGUACUAGUACUUUGGAUUCCUCCGUUGCAAACGCCUUGGAAGAAAAGAAUGCGGCCCGCAAAAAGUUUGGACUGAAACCACUGAGUGUCGAAGAGUAUACCGAAUUGCAAGAGGAAGUGCGUCAAUUGGAAUCCCAACAACAACAACGCUCGGCUACAGCGUCCGCCGAAAUGGCCGCCAAGAAGAAAAAGGAAGAGCAAGGUAGUUUCUUCCAAAAAAUCUUUGGAGAUGCCUUGCAAGAUACUUGUCAGAGCAACUGGGAUUGCCAACGUCCCGAGGUUUGCUGCGAUUUUGGAUUCAAGAAAAUGUGUUGCAGCAGUGGAAUGCGUAUUUUGGAUGGACCGCAAUCCCGGCAAGGCCAAUUGGCGGAAGUUCCAGUCCUUGCGAGUCCAGGCCCAAAUUAUCCACCCUUGGAUAAACCUCCACGAUAUUAA